UCAUUCAAUUUCAAUUUUCGCUACAAAUAUUUGGCGUCGCCGGCGGUAUAGGAUUGUGUGUGUGUGUUUCGUGUUUGCGGAAGAACAACUUUUACCAGCGGUCACAUUUUUUGUGCCUCGUGGUUGCGUGGUGGUUGUGAGAUACAAACGUAAAAAAAACACGAAAUGCUGAAGCGUAUGCAAUAAUAAAGAAAUAGAAAACAAUAAUAAAAGAAAAUCGCGGCGCCGACACGUAUAUAUGUACCUGUGUACAUACGAACGUCAUAUGUAAAAUUGAUUUUUAUUUCGUGAGCAAAUAAAAAACAAAACAAACGGAUACCUUAAAAUCGCUUUGAAUAUUAUACAACAAAUAAGUGCUUUUUUGUCGGAUCUAUAUAUAAUUUUUGCCAGAAGAUAAUCAGGCAAUCACGUGGACGAGCGGGGCGGCGGGUGCACCACAGGGCAGCGGAGGAAGUAAACGUGAUGUAAAGGAGUCCAGCGGAUUAGGUAGAGAGUCAGAGAGAGAGAGAGAGAGAGAGAGAGAGAGAGACAGACAGAGAGAGAGGGAGCAAUUGUGAGUUGGCGAAGAGGAGAGAUAGAAUUGGAACUUGUCAACUCUUUGAGCAGCACGGAAGAGCCCGGAAGACAAAGUGAAUUUGUUUCAGCAUACGAUGUCAUCGAUCUCGGCGCAGGGUGUGGUCGAGAGAGCUUCCGCUGAACUGUCAAAGCGGAUCAACGGUCUCGGUCUGCGUUCGAAGCAUCACCACGGUGGCUCAUCGUCCUCCCCUUCCCCCACGGGGUCCAAUUCGUCUAAUUCGAACACAGCCACGUCAAAUUCCACGUCCAAUGUCUCAACGUCCAGCUCCUCGUCCAGCGGCAAAACCUCAGUAAUGGAGCGUGUGACGAACGCUCUCUGUGGCGGUGGCAACUCCAGCAACUCAGCGGCCACCAAUUCCAAUGCAAAUGUACAGACGCCCGACAAACCAUCACGUGGAAGUGUUAGCGUCGGACAGAGUCCUUGCUUGACUGCUGCCACCACUCCACAACAGACACAGCAACCGCAACAACAACAACAGCAGCACCAGGCGCCCCAACAGCAACAGCUUGCGCCAACGAGUCCCAUUCCCGCCGCGCACCACACGACGACGGCCCACUUAAUGCAACAACAACAGCAGCAGCAGCAGGUCCAGCAUCAGCACCAUCACCAGCAGCAGCAGCAGCAGUUGCAGGCUCAAAUGGCAAGCUCCACGCUAAUCAAUUCGAACCAUCACAUGGUCAUGGGGACACCAACACCGCCCGCGGGCAUACCGCUGGGCGCACCGCCAACGCCCACAGUGAAGUCGAUUGCCAAACAGAUGAACAUCAUGAUACCUGGCAACAAUCCAUCGCCCACAUUCAGCACGAUGGGCAUGGUUGCGGCACAGAAGGCAACCGCCGGCGGCGGCACGCCCCUACAAAUGCGCAAACAGUUACCCAAUCCGCACCUGCAUCAUCCGUAUGGUAUGGCUGUCGCUGCUGGAGCACCGGGCGCCGCUCAGGUCUCGCAGUUGGCGGCCGCCGUCAACCAAUCCACGCUCAUACUUCACAAACACCCGCCUCUGAUACAAAGCAUCGAUGCACUAUUGCUCGACGACCGCUUCCUCAAUCGAUUCUUUCAAUACUUUUCCCCGUACGAACGGCGGGUGCUAGCCCAGGUGUGCAUCAAGUGGCGCGACAUCCUCUACAGGAGUCCUCGCUACUGGUCCGGACUUCUUCCAACCCUACAAUGUCGUGAGCUCCGCCAGAUGCCUGGCUGUGAUCGCGGCAAGCUUUACAAUUCACUGAUCCGUCGCGGUUUCCAUGCACUGGGCCUGGUCGGCGCAUCGGACGAGGAUGCCCUCGAUGUGGUACACUCAUUUCCGUUGGCCUCCAAGCACAUACACUCGCUCAGUUUGCGCUGUUCUUCGAUCAGUGAUCGCGGCCUCGAGACCUUACUUGACCAUUUACAGAGUCUGUUUGAACUCGAGCUGGCCGGAUGCAAUGAAGUCACCGAGGCCGGCCUCUGGGCCUGUCUGACGCCGCGCAUUGUUUCCCUAUCGCUGGCGGACUGCAUCAACAUUGCGGACGAGGCGGUUGGGGCUGUGGCCCAGCUGUUGCCAUCCUUGUACGAGUUCUCGCUGCAGGCUUACCAUGUGACCGAUGCUGCCCUGGGCUAUUUCUCACCAAAACAAAGUCACAGUCUGAGCAUAUUACGCUUACAGUCAUGUUGGGAACUAACCAAUCAUGGCAUUGUUAAUAUUGUGCACUCCUUGCCGCAUCUUACGGUGCUGAGCCUGUCCGGUUGCAGCAAACUGACCGACGAUGGUGUCGAGCUGAUUGCCGAGAAUCUGCAAAAACUGCGCGCCCUAGACCUGUCCUGGUGUCCACGCAUAACGGACGCCUCGCUCGAGUAUAUCGCCUGUGAUCUGAAUCAACUGGAGGAAUUGACAUUGGAUAGGUGUGUACACAUAACGGAUAUCGGAGUUGGCUAUAUUUCCACGAUGCUUUCGCUCACCGCCCUUUUCCUGCGCUGGUGCUCGCAGGUUCGCGACUUUGGACUUCAGCAUCUGUGCUCCAUGCGCAAUCUGCAGGUAUUAUCACUCGCCGGCUGCCCACUGCUGACCUCGUCGGGCCUCUCCAGUCUCAUACAGUUGCGGCAUCUGCAGGAGCUCGAGCUUACCAAUUGUCCUGGGGCAUCGCACGAGCUCUUCGACUACCUGAAGGAACACUUGCCACGCUGCUUGAUUAUCGAAUAAUUGGUGGAUGACGUUAAUAUUGAAGUUUUGUGAGCAAUUUUACAGAGUUGGUGACUUGACUUUAUUUUAGUAUUUGAACAACUGAUUUUAUUUUAGAUUCAGUUCUUUUGUAACUAUUUUUAUGCAGCCUCAGGGCUAUUUUAUCUUUACUUUUAGUCGGCAAAUGCAUCUUUGUUCCCACUGUGCUCUGUAAUCCUUUAUAGUUUCUAGUAUCUUUUAAUUUUUUGCUGUGAUUUACAAGGAUCUAAGUUAAGUUGAACUGUUUAGAAAGUACUAUACAUAGAAAGCCCCAAAAGAUAAUUAUGUAUGUCUAAAGUAAAUAAUUUAUAUUAGUUUUAAAGGCAAGCUUUACCUAUUUUCACUGUAAUUAAACAUAUGUAUGUAUGUGUGAAACUUGUGUGAACACGAAAAAUAUUUGUAAAUUACAAACAGAAACAAAUAAAACAUCAUUGCGCCCAAAAGACAAACACUAAAACAAACCUAAAUGCAAUAUGCAAAUCAAAUCAAAAUAUUAUGCAAUUUAUUGUUCAAAGCAACACUUUUCAAAAACACAAAAUGCUAAACAAAAACCAAAUAUUUAUAUCCGUAACGUGCAAAAGUUGCUAACCAGCUUUAAAACUUACACACUUUUGCAGCCCCGACCACUAAAAUUUUAAUCGAAUUGUACCAUAUGACUACCUAUGCUUAAACACAAAGUACAGAAACGUAAAUAUUUUAAUAAGAAUAAACACAUAGAAACUCCAAAACACCUAAAACCUAUGCAUGUAUGUAGCAAAAGAGAAUAAAGAGUUAGUAGGGGAACGUAAGAAAGGACUAGACAAAUUUGCACGCUACGCCAUGAAAAAGAUUUCAAUUCCUUAUACAAUAUGUAUUACGAAACUAAGCAACACAACAAAUUACAAAGGUUUUAGUGCAUUUUAUUUAUAAAUAGCAAUUUCCCAAAAAGUACGAGUCGGGCGAGUAUGCUCGAAUUUAAAGAUUUUUUGGAGCCCUCCCUAGACCUUAAAUGCAAAAAUGAACAGAGUUAUAUAUACACACAUCUACAUAUAUAUAUAUAAAUAUUAUAUAUAUAUGUAUAUUAUAUGAGAUAUCUACCUUACGUAGUAGCGCUACAAAUGAGGAGGAGCACACAAAAUUAUCAUACAUGUUUGUUUUAAAUUAAAAUGUGAAAACUCUUUCAAAAGUUGGAGUAAAACACAAACACAAAACAAAUGAAAUUUGCAAAUCUAAAAUGAAGACACUCUAAAAAUACAUACCUAA